AUGGCCACAACAAUCCCGGGAAGUUUGGUCAACAAGACCAAGAAGCAUUUUAUGGGAAUGCCGGCACCAGCUGGGUAUGUUGCUGGUAUUGGUCGUGGUGCCACCGGUUUCACAACAAGAUCUGAUAUUGGGCCGGCGAAAGAUGCGGGGGAAAGUUUGCCAGAUGCUCCGACCGGUCCACCAGCUAAAAAGGCAAAAGAAGCGGACGAUGAGCCUGAGGAUCUUAACGAUGCCAACUACGACGAUGUAAGUUAAUAUUCUUGUUUUUGUGGUAAUUUUAGGUAAGUUAUGCUGUCAAUUGGUAUUGAAACGUAGAGAAGGAAAUGGAGAAACUAAUGAAACUUAAAGUUUUGUGUUUAGUGUACAUUAACGUUAUCAUUUUUCAGUUCGAAGGCUAUGGAGGCAGCUUGUUUUCUAAAGAUCCGUAUGACAAAGAAGACGAAGAAGCCGAUCUAGUAUAUUAUCAGGUAGAUCAGCGUCAAGAUGAACGUAGAAAGAGUUAUAGGGAGAAGAAGUUGAAAGAAACCAUCGAAAGUUAUCGAAAAGAACGGCCAAAGAUUCAACAACAGUUCAGUGAUCUCAAAAGACAGUUGGCUGAUCUAACUGAAGAAGAUUGGGCAGCUCUUAACGAAGUUGGAGAUUCAAGGAACAAGGCUAAACGUAAUCCAAGAGCUGAUAAGUAUGUUAUUCUAGAUAUUUUAAGUAGUAUUCGUAAUAUAUUGGUUGCUUUUUAAAUCUAAGUAACCAUGGAUAAUAUAAUUUGUUUAAAACUGUAAAUUAUGUUCAAAUGACGAUAAAUUUGUUGGUGAGCGCAAUAUAACUCUUUACGUUAUAAAUAUAAAAAGCUACAGUAAAAGUGGUGUAGUUUUAUGAAGAAAAGCCGAAAAAAUGGUUAUCAAGCGCAUGGAUAUUAUACAAAUGUUAAUAUUAUUCAGCUUAAUUGAUAUCUACAUAAAAUAAGUUUAUGGCUUUAGCGCAAUGACCCUUGACAACGAAGUUUUCAAUCUGAUGAACUUAAAUUACAAAUUAUAAAUGUUUUAUAUUAUUCAUGAAGGGUUGGUUAAGGAAACUUAUCUCAAUAUCGAGCAUUUUGAUUUGAUGGUUAUGUACAGUGUUUUGCCCGGACCGGUCCGGAGCGUUUUUCAACGGUCCGGUCUAAACUUCAAAUUUUUGGGUCCGGUCCGGUCUGCAAAAAUUUUUUUUUUAUUUUUAAAAAAUGCAAAGAGCGCUAAAACUGCUUUCUCUACGUUUAAAAACACUUAAAAAUAUGUUUUCUUUGCAAUUUUUAAAGCAGUUUUAAUAAAAUAAAAAAAAAUUUUUCUUCCGGACCGGUCCGGAGCUUUUUCUUCGGUCUGGGUCCGCAGGUUUUUGGGUCCGGUCCGGUCCGCAAAAAAUUUUGUUUCGGUCCGGACCGGACCCGUCCGCGGACCGGACCGGUCCGGCAAAACACUGGUUAUGUAUUAAAAUUUUAAAUGAAAAACGAGUUUAGAAGAUUAAUAUGUGUUAUAUUUUUAGAUACACAGCUAUUUCGGAUUCUCUGAUAGCAAGUGCGAUGAGUUUUGGUCAAAUCAGUUCAGUUUUGGAUGCGGAUGUUCAGUCCGGACUAGCUACAUCGAUUUCUGGAUUUCAAACGAGUAUUGGAGGUAUGCAAACAUCUGGUAUAGCUACUGGCACAAAAACAUCUUCGGACUUGGAUCUACAAAGGAUUGGUCAAGCCAGGAAGGGGAUUAUGGAUAUUAAGCUUAAGGGUGUAAGUAAUUUUUUAUUGUUAUGUUUUGAUUUUAGGUAUUUAAAGCUUCCUGAAGUAUUUAUAAAGUUUAUGGAGUACUUAUAAAGAUAAAAUGUUUAAGUUUAGGCUUUUAAAGGCAUCACAAAGGUUUAAAUUAUUAUAAUUUAUCCUUUUAGGUAUCAGAUUCAGUAUCAGGUCAAACAGUUGUCAAUCCUCAAUCUUACCUCACUGAUAUGCAGUCAAUCAACCCAGCAGGUGACUUCAAUAUUACUGAGGUUAAGAAAGCCAGAAGUUUGUACAAAUCAAUCCGAGAUUGUAACGCCAAUUAUGGUCCAGCUUGGAUUGCCUCGGCCAACCUAGAAGCGGCCGUCGGCAAAAUGCAAGCUGCCAGAAAUCUGAUAAUGGAAGGUUGUGAGAAGAAUCCAGAAUCCGAAGAGAUUUGGCUGACAGCUGUCAAGUUUCAUCCACCAGAUCAAGGCAAACUUAUUGUGGCCAACGCUGUCAGUCAUUUGCCAACCUCAGUACCUAUUUGGCUAGCUGCUGCUGGAUUGGAAACUGAACUGAAACAGAAAAAGCAUGUGCUAAGGAAGGGACUGAAGAAGGUGCCAAAGUCUGUGAAACUGUGGAAAGCAGCGAUUGACCUAGAGGAAGACGAAGAAGAGGCUAAGAAAUUAUUGACCAGAGCCGUGGAAUGUUGUAGUUCAAGUACUGAUCUGUGGUUGGCCUUGGCUAGGCUGGAAACUUAUGAAAACGCUAGAAUGGUGUUGAACAAAGCUAGGGAGAACAUUCCAACGGAUAGACAGAUUUGGAUAUCAGCCGCAAAGCUAGAAGAGACCAAAGGACAGGUGGAGAUGAUUGAAAAGUUGAUGGAAAGAGCGUUGAUCUCUUUGAGGGCGAAUCAGGUCGAAAUCACAAGGAAACAAUGGUUUGAAGAUGCGAUUGAUGCUGAGAAAAGUGGAUGUCCAUUGACUGCUGGGGCUAUUAUGUGAGUUCUUUGAUAUUAUUUUAGAUUUGUAGCUAUUAUUUUUGAUCUUUUACCUAUUACAAGGAUAUAAUUUUAGAUUUUUUGGAGCUUUUGCAUUAUAUUAACCUUCAUUUUUUCAGUGAUUUUAUAUUAUAUUAACCUUUAUCUUUUCAGAAAGCACGUUAUGGGAGUUGGAGUAGAAGAAGAAGAUCGCAAAACCACCUGGCUCGAAGAUGCAGAGUUCUUCACUCGUGAAAAAGCCUACGAAUGCGCUCGUGCCAUCUUUGGCUUUAUGUUAACAGAAUUUUCAGAAAAGAAGAGUGUAUGGCUAGAAGCCGUCAUAUUCGAAAAAGAACACGGUACCCCAGAAAACUACGAGGAAUUACUCAAAAAAGCGGUCGAUAAAUGCCCAAAAGCCGAAGUUUUAUGGUUACGGUACGCGAAAGCACGUUGGCAACAAGAGGAUGUUGUGGGAGCAAGAGCAAUAUUGUCGGAAGCCUUCCAGAAGAACCCGAAUUCAGAAGACAUCUGGAUGGCUGCUAUCAAAUUGGAGUCGGAAACCAAUAAUUACGAAGCGGCUAGAAAGCUGUUGACGAAAGCUAGAUCGAUGGCACCGUCACCUAGAUUCUGGCUGAAAUCAGCUAUGUUGGAGUGGUGUCUGGACGAUUUGAAGCAGACAGAAGAACUUAUUAAGGUAGAUAAUAUUUUUUGGUAUAAAAGAUUUUUGAUCAUAAAAAUAUUUUAGGUACAUUUUGGUGAAAAUUAGGUUACUUUUUAGGUAAUAAAUACAUUUUUAAUUGUUUUCACUACUUUUUUUAAAUUAUUUUUUGCCAUUUUUAAUGAAAAACACGAUAUAAACUAAUAUAAACUCCAUUUCAGGAAGGAAUUCAAAAGUACCCAGACUUUGACAAGUUCUACAUGAUGUUAGGCCAACUAUACGAACAACAACACCGCUUCGACGAAGCCAGAAAGGCAUUCACAACAGGUACAAGAAGAUGCCCCAACUCGGUCACCUGCUGGUUAUUACUCGUUCGUUUCGAAGAAAGCCAGAACGUCGCAGUUAAAGCACGUUCUGAUCUAGAUAUGGCAAGGUUAAAGAACCCAGGAAAUGAAUUACUGUGGAGAGAAGCCAUAAGAUUGGAAUACAGAGCUGGCAAAAAGGAUCUGGCAUUGAGUAUCUUGGCUAGAGCAUUGAAAGAUUGUGGAAGUUCUGGUGGGUUUUUGAGAAAUUUUAGUUUUUGGAAAAUGAUUAUUUUUUGGUUAAAAGGUAUUGUUAAGGGUAAUAUAGUGUGUAAUUCGGCUAAAUUUGAGGUUUUUAGAGGAAGCGUGGGACACGUUAUGACAAAAUCUUUGAAUAGAGCCAAAAAUUUGAUGAUGAAUCGAAAAACAUAUAUAUCUCUUUUCAGGUAUCCUUCACGCCGAAGCCAUAUCCCUCGCCACAAAACAUCAACGUCGUGCUGUAUCCGUCCAAGCUCUCGAAACCUGUCCAGAAUCACCCGAAGUCCUUCUGGAAGUCUUCAAAAUGAUGUGGGCCGAAAGAAAGAUCUCAAAAGCCAGAGAUUGGUUCAAAAAGGCCCUAAAAGUGGAUUCUGACUUUGGUGACAUCUGGGCAUACUACUACAAACUAGAAGCGAUUCAUGGCACUCCAGAACAACAAAACAAAAUCAUGGAGGAUUGUAAGCAUACAGAGCCUAGACAUGGCGAACGAUGGCAGAAAGUAUCGAAAGACAUUAAGAAUUGGCGAAUGAAAACCGAGGAUAUCCUGUUGACGGUGGCUAGUCAGUGUGAUAUACCACGGUAAAAGCAUGGAUUGAUUUUACUUUUUUGAAAAAUUUUUUGGCAUUUGGCUCUGAUUUUACCUAUUAGGUUGUUCACAUAAAUCUGUGCUUCCCUCAAUGCAAAUUUUCGAAGUUAUGGGGCACGGAAUUAUUUGAAAAACUUGACAAAAGUGGAUAUAUCAAAUUAUAUAGAUCGUUACUUAAAAAUUUAUUAAUUAAUGUUGUUGUUGCUAGAAAUUUGAUGCGAAUUGUAAUAUACUCUUAUGUCUUUUGAUCUGAUUGAACUCAUGUUUUAAUGUAAGUUGAAUAAAAUGUAAAAAAACUAUUUGUUUCGGAAGUUAUUGUUGAGUUAAAAUGGUUUUUAACCGUGAUACGUACUUUGCGUGGAGUUAUAAUGGCUUGGAACAGUCAAAAUAUUGUGUUCUUGGUUGAAUUUUGAAGGCUUUUGUGGCUAUGUUACUUUAUAUAAGAAAUAAUAUAUUACUUAUAUAAGAAAAAAUAUAUUACAUUACAGAUGAACGUGGCCAAGUUCCUAGGCCUUCAUAGGCUGCCAGUUCAAACGAUAAAGGCACGGUAUUGUGCGACAGCUGUAGCCGAAGCAGAAGCCGCACCAGCCGAAGAUAAAUGGGCCUAUAAUCACAUCGAACAUAAGAAAGGGUUGUACAAGCCGAAACACUCGGUAGAGGAGCAGAUUGCCUACAUGAAGAGUAAAGGUAAGUGAGCUUGGUUCUAGUGGAUUGAAGUUGGAUGUCAUUGCUUUUAAAAUUUUAUAAAUGCCUAUCACAAUAUAAGUCGUCGUUUUUAGUUUUCGAAAACACGUACAAAGGCUUACCCGUCCACAAGUGGUACCGAAGAAACAUAAAAGGUCAAGUGAUCAUGCAGCCACCGCCAAGAAUGUUUUGCAUCGAGAAGACGGGCAAAUUCAGAUUGAAUCAUGCUUGUCCAGUCUGCAGAGACGAAUACCUCUUCUUCGAUUAUAGAGUAGGUUCUCGGAGUUUUGGUUGUGUUUUAGGUGUAAAAUGGCAUUUAUAGGACGAAAGAGUUUCUCCUAGGGCAAAAUGGCUGGUUGAUUAUGCCAAAGUUUGGGUUGUCACUGUGUGGAAUUAAGGAAAGCAUCCUUAAUAUAGCUAAUAUGUAUCGUAUUUUAACAUAUUAAGUUGUUCAAAUAAUUCUUUGUCUUCUAAUCCCGAACAUUUGCUUUGAACCAGAUCAUAGGACGCCCGAAGGGCGUCCGUUGAUCUAGUUUGCUUUGAAUGAGAGCACAGAAUUACUUGAACAACCUAAUGGCCAUGUUAGAUUGUGGAAGAAAUGUUGUAUAUAUCAAGUAUGAUAGAUUGUGGAAUAAAUAUGUUUUUAGAAUCCAGCCUUGAUUCAACAGUUUUUGGCCGACGGAACCGAUCAGCCGAUUGAGCUGCUUCAAACUGGCUUAUGCCGAGAUCAAUAUGGCCAGUUGAAGGCACAACUUCUAAAGGCUAGAGAAUAUGGUGAGAAAUAUAAUUUUUCAAAUCAAAAAUUUAAAUCUUCCCUUCAGGCACAAUCGAAUUCGGUAUUGAAUUCCGCGUCUUUGACUACAAACAAUGGUACGACGACUGGCAAGACGACCAAGCCUUGAACGCCUUCCACGAACACAACCCGGAGAUCCCAUUGACCAGAAAAUCGACUAAACUGGAGCACAUCUUCCAGGACGAACAGGUCCUCUUCCCCACCCACAACCGGGCACAGUACCGCGACUGGGACGAGUGGUGGAAACGUCACGAUAAGUUUGUCAAGAAGGCCAAGUAA